UCCUGGAGAAAGAAAUUCAACUCCAACUGGCGGAGACUGAAAACAUUCAAUUACACAAUAUACGUAAUUGUGUAUAUAUUGAAUUCAAGGAUAGUGAAGCUGCUGCUCGCUGCCAAAGACUGCAUAAUAACAGGCAUGUUAUUUAUCACGGAGACAAAGGUUUCAAGAUACCAGUGUACGUGGAGAGUGAGGCUAUCCCGGUGCGUGUACACGAUCUUCCGCCGGCGAUGAAGCACACCACAGUCAUUGCGUUCCUGGAGAAGUAUGGUGAGGUCUUGUCCGUGACACGAGAGCGAUGGAAGAAGUUUUUUCCGGGAGUUUAUAAUGGGCAAACAGAAAUCAUCCCACCAAUAGUACCUACAGUUUCAAUACCGGACCAAAACCAAACCAAUAGCAGUGACGAUGACGACGACGACAAGGGAGACGAGAACGAUAGUACAUCGCCACACGAAGCUGAUGGCAAUAACAAGCGACGGAUGUCAACAAGGCGCACGAAAGAGCGAAAAAAGAUGUGCUCUAGCCAGGGUUCCCAGAACGACUGCGCAACUAGUGGAUUUCUGGAUAAGAGAAAGUCCAAAAAGUGAUUUUUUUUAUUAUACAUUUUUAUAUUGUAACAAUAUAAAACUAGUAUUUCGGCUCCGUAAAGCCUCCGGGCGUUUGAGCCUUUCAAAUAAAUAAACUAUUUAAAAAAAAAAAAAAAACGGAACCUGCAUGGAAAGUGGAGCUUUCAAGAUCCGAACGGAAGAAGCCGCUGUGAAUAGGAGUCC